AUGUCUUCCUCCAGCGGUCAUCCACGGAUCUACGACGUGUUCAUAAAUUUCAGAGGAGAGGAUACUCGCAAAAGUUUUGUUUCUUAUCUCCAUGCUGCACUCUCAAACGCCGGAAUCAACACUUUUCUUGACGAUAAGAAUCUUCAAAAGGGAAAGAAACUUGGACCAGAACUAAAGAGGGCAAUAGAGGGCUCUCAGAUUUCUAUUGUUGUUUUAUCAGUGAAAUAUGCAAAUUCUAGCUGGUGUCUUAACGAGCUGCUACAUAUCAUGAAAUGCCACAAAAUUAAUGGCCAGUUAGUUUUACCCGUAUUUUACGAGAUUGACCCAUCGGUUGUCCGUUGGCAGACUGGUGAUUUUGGAGACGCCUUGAAAUUUAGUGCAAAACGCGUCGAAUCUUUUAGUCUAACAAAAAAGAAAGGAGAUCUCCUGGAAAAGUGGAGGACCGCACUCACCGAAGUUGCUAAUCUAUCUGGCUGGAAUUCCACUAGUUUCAGAAGUGGAGAUAAUCUAGUGACGAACAUUGUUGACGACAUUUUGAGAAAAAUAGAUGUCUCAUUGUUGUCUAUUACUGAAUUUCCUAUUGGAUUGGAUUCCCGUCUGCAAAACAUGACCUACUUUAUUGAUGAUCAAUCAAGCAAAGCCUGUAUGAUAGGGAUUUGGGGAAUGGGUGGUUCGGGCAAAACAACCACCGCCAAAGCUCUCUACAACCAAAUCCAUCGUAAAUUUAUGGGUAGAACAAGUUUCAUUGAAAAUAUACGAGAGACUUGUGAAAAUGAUACUAGAGGAGUUAUUCAUUUACAACAACAACUUCUUUCGGAUAUCUUCAAAAUAAAGCAAGAGAUUCAUAGCAUUGCAUUAGGGAUAACUAAGAUCAAGACAAGACUUCGAGGGCUAAAGUCUUUGGUCGUACUCGAUGAUGUGACCAAGUUGGAGCAAUUAAAUGCCCUCUGUGGAAAUCCCAAGUUGUUUGGUUCAGGAAGUGUAUUGAUUGUUACAACUAGAGAUGUACGCCUUCUCAAUUCACUCAAUACCGGCCAUGUCUUCCCAAUGACGGAAAUGGAUGACAAUCAGUCACUUGAACUUUUCAGUUGGCAUGCUUUUCGGCAACCAAGUCCUAGAAAAGAUUUUAGUGAACUCUCUAAAAAUGUAGUUGCUUAUUGUGGAGGAUUGCCGCUGGCUCUUGAAGUCCUUGGAUCUUACUUAUCGAGGAGGACGAAACAGGAAUGGAGAAGUGCACUAUCAAAAUUAGAGAAAAUUCCUAACAAUCAAGUGCUAAAGAAAUUGAGAAUCAGCUACGAUGGUUUAGAAGAUUAUAAGGAAAAGGAUAUAUUUCUUGACAUAUGUUGUUUCUUCAUUGGAAAGAACAGAGCUGAUGUUACAGAGAUACUCAACGGCUGUGGACUUCAUGCUGAUAUUGGAAUAGCUGUCCUCAUAGAGUGCAGCCUCGUAAAAGUUGGAAAGAAUAACAAGCUUCAAAUGCAUGAUUUGCUACGAGACAUGGGAAGAGCAAUUGUUGGCGAAAGUUCAGAAAAAGAGCCUGCAAAGCAUAGUCGACUGUGGUUUCGAGAGGAUGUGCUUGAUGUUUUGUCAAAUAAUACUGGAACAGAAGCUGUCGAAGGAUUGAUUUUGAGGUUGCAACAAACAGGAAGAAUUCACUUCAGCACUAAUGCUUUUCAAGAAAUGAAAAAGCUGAGGCUUUUAAAACUUGACGGUGUUGACCUCAAAGGAGAUUAUGGGUUAAUUUCCAAACAACUGAGAUGGGUUGAUUGGCAACGAUCUUCCUUCAAAUUUAUAGCCAAUGACUUCGAUCAGGAAAAUCUAGUUAUUUUUGAAUUAAAAUAUAGCAAUGUCAAACAAGUUUGGCAGGAGACCAAGUUAUUGGAGAAGCUAAAAGUUCUCAAUCUUAGUCAUUCCAAGUACUUGAAAAGCACCCCUGACUUUUCAAAAUUACCAAAUCUAGAAAAGCUCAUUAUGAAGAACUGUCAAAGUUUAUCUGAGGUACACCAUUCCAUUGGGGAUCUCAAGAAGAUUCAUCUCAUAAAUUUGAAGAAUUGUACUAGUCUUGCCAAUCUCCCUAGAGAAAUCUAUCAAUUGAUAUCGGUAAAAACUCUCAUUAUUUCUGGUUGUUCAAAGAUUGAAAAAUUGGAAGAAGAUAUAUUGCAAAUGGAAUCCUUGACAACUUUAAUUGCAGCAAAUACUGGUAUCAAACAAGUCCCUUUUUCAAUUGUAAGAUCAAAAAGUAUCGGAUAUAUAUCCCUAUGUGGAUAUGAAGGAUUAUCACGUGAUGUUUUUCCGUGCCUCAUUCAGUCUUGGAUUUCACCAACCAGAAAUUCCCUACCCCGUGUUUCUCCAUUUGGAAGCAGUUCAUUGUCUCUUGUUUCCUUGGAUGUGGAGAGUAAUAAUAUGGCGUAUCACUCACCAAUGCUUACCAUCCUUUCAAAACUUAGAUGUGUUUGGGUUCAAUGUCAUUCAAAGAAUCAACUAACUCAAGAAUUACAAAUAUUUAUUGAUGAUCUUUAUGAUGUGAAUUUGUCUGAGUUGGAAAUCUCAAAUCAUUCAUUGAGAUCACUUGUGAUUGGAAUGGGAAGUUCCCAAAUAGUCAUGGAUACUCUUGAGAAGAGCUUAUCACAGGGAUUGACAGCCAGUUCUAGUGAUUCUUUUCUUCCGGGCGACAAUUAUCCUUUUUGGUUAGCCUAUACAUGUGAAGGACCUUCGGUACUUUUCCAAGUGCCUGAAGAUAAUGACUGUGGAAUGAAGGGAAUAGCUUUAUGUGUUCUUUAUUCAUCAACACACGAAAACCGGACAACUGAAUGUCUCACUAGUAUCCUGAUCAUUAAUUACACAAAAUUCACUAUCCAAAUAUACAAGCGAGACACAGUAAUAUCGUUUAAUGACGAAGAUUGGCAAGGUGUCAUAUCAAAUUUAGAAGUUGGUGACAAUGUGAAGAUUUUUGUAGCUAUUGAGCAUGGAUUGAUUGUUAAGGAGACGUCUGUCUAUCUAAUAUAUGGUCAGUCAACUGAUAUGAAAGUUGAACCAACAAUUGAAGUGGAAGUGCAACCAUCGCCUGAUGUGAAAACGGAGCCAUCAUCCAGAGUGGAAUUGCAACCAUCGCCUGAUGUGAAAACGGAGCCAUCAUCCAGAAUGGAAGUGCAACCAUCGCCUGAUGUGAAAACGGAGCCAUCAUCCAGAGUGGAAGUGCAACCAUCACCUAAUGUGAUAGCAGAGCCAUCGCCAAGAGUGGAAGUGCAACCAUCACCUGAUGUGAAAACGGAGACAUUACCUAAUAUGAUAGCGGAGCCAUCACCAAGAGUGGAAGUGCAACCAUCACUUGAUGUGAAAAUGGAGCCAUCACCAAGAUUGGAAGUGCAACCAUCACUUGAUAUGAUAGCGGAGCCAUCACCAAGAGUGGAAGUGCAACCAUCACUUGAUGUGAAAAUGGAGCCAUCACCCAGAGUGCAGCCAUCACCUAAUAUGAUAGCGGAGCCAUCACCAAGAUUGGAAUUGCAACCAUCACUUGACGUAAAAAUGGAGACAUUACCUAAGCCAAAUGAAAAUAUCUUUACAAGACUCCUAAAGAGAAUAGGGAGAUGUUUAUUCUCGAACCAAACUUGA